GUCGCGCGAGCAGUGGUAGCGCCUCGGUGGUGCGGGCCUGCGUCCUGCUCAGGUGUCCGGGAGAAGCGGCCCGGCUGUCGGCGUUUCAUCAUCGACACAGGGAAAUUUCCACGAGGACACCAGUGCCACCAUGCCCGAGGCCGCAACUGAAGAAGUGUCGCUUUUCAGCAUGACAGACAUAAUUCUCUUCUCCGUCAUUGUGGGGAUCCUGACCUACUGGUUCCUCUUCAGAAAGAAAAAAGAAGAAGCAAUUGAGUUCACAAAAAUUCAGACAACGACCUCCUCUGUCAAAGAAAGCAGCUUCGUGGAAAAGAUGAAGAAAACAGGAAGGAACAUCGUUGUGUUCUACGGCUCCCAGACGGGAACCGCCGAGGAGUUUGCCAACCGGCUGUCCAAAGAUGCCCACCGCUAUGGGAUGCGGGGCAUGGCCGCGGACCCUGAGGAGUACGACCUGGCUGACCUGAGCAGCCUGCCAGAGAUUGACAACUCGCUGGUAGUGUUCUGCAUGGCCACAUAUGGCGAGGGCGACCCUACUGACAAUGCCCAGGACUUCUACGACUGGCUCCAGGAGACAGACACGGACCUCAGCGGUGUCAAGUAUGCGGUGUUUGGCCUAGGAAACAAGACGUACGAGCACUUCAAUGCCAUGGGCAAGUACGUGGACCAGCGGCUGGAGCAGCUCGGCGCCCAGCGCAUCUUUGAGCUGGGCAUGGGCGAUGAUGAUGGGAACUUGGAGGAGGACUUCAUCACGUGGCGAGAGCAGUUCUGGCCAGCCGUGUGCGAGUUCUUUGGUGUGGAAGCCACUGGAGAGGAGUCCAGUAUUCGCCAGUAUGAGCUUGUGGUCCACACGGACAUGGACACCGCCAAGGUCUACACAGGCGAGAUGGGCCGCCUGAAGAGCUAUGAGAACCAGAAACCGCCCUUUGAUGCCAAGAAUCCAUUCCUGGCUGCAGUCACCACCAACCGGAAGCUGAACCAGGGAACCGAACGGCACCUUAUGCACCUGGAACUGGACAUCUCAGAUUCUAAGAUCAGGUACGAAUCCGGGGAUCAUGUGGCUGUUUACCCGGCCAACGACUCUGCCCUCGUCAACCAGAUCGGAGAGAUCUUGGGCGCUGACCUGGACGUGGUCAUGUCUCUCAACAACCUUGACGAGGAGUCCAACAAGAAGCACCCGUUCCCCUGCCCCACCACCUACCGCACGGCCCUCACCUACUACCUGGACAUCACCAACCCCCCACGCACCAACGUGCUCUAUGAGCUGGCACAGUAUGCCUCGGAGCCCUCCGAGCAGGAGCACCUGCGCAAGAUGGCCUCCUCCUCUGGCGAUGGCAAGGAGCUGUACCUGAGCUGGGUGGUGGAGGCCCGCAGGCACAUCCUGGCCAUCCUGCAGGACUACCCGUCCCUGCGGCCGCCCAUUGACCACCUGUGUGAGCUGCUGCCGCGCCUCCAGGCCCGGUACUACUCCAUUGCCUCCUCCUCCAAGGUUCACCCCAACUCUGUUCACAUCUGUGCCGUGGCCGUGGAAUAUGAGGCCAAGUCAGGCCGUGUUAACAAAGGGGUGGCCACCAGCUGGCUGCGGUCCAAGGAGCCUGCCGGGGAGAACGGCCGCCGGGCCCUGGUGCCCAUGUUUGUGCGCAAGUCCCAGUUCCGCCUGCCCUUCAAGUCCACCACGCCAGUCAUCAUGGUGGGCCCAGGCACCGGUGUAGCCCCCUUCAUGGGCUUCAUCCAGGAGCGUGCCUGGCUGCGGGAGCAGGGCAAGGAGGUGGGGGAGACACUGCUCUACUACGGCUGCCGCCGCUCAGAUGAGGACUACCUGUACCGUGAGGAGCUGGCCCGCUUCCGUGAGGCCGGCGCGCUCUCGCAGCUCAAUGUGGCCUUCUCCCGAGAGCAGGCGCACAAGGUCUACGUCCAGCACCUGCUCAAGAGGGACCGGGAGCAUCUGUGGAAGCUGAUCCACGAGGGGGGUGCCCACAUCUACGUCUGUGGGGAUGCUCGGAACAUGGCCAGGGAUGUGCAGAACACCUUCUACGACAUUGUGGCUGAGUUCGGGGCCAUGGAGCACAGCCAGGCAGUGGACUACGUCAAGAAGCUCAUGACCAAGGGCCGCUACUCCCUGGACGUGUGGAGCUAGAAGCCGACGUGCCUGCCCCACCCGCCAUCCUCACUCCCUCUGCUGGCCUUGCCACAGGCAGGCCUAGCCACAGACUCCUUGGGUGAGCCUCAGGCAACCCGGCCGAGGGCCCUGCACUCGGGACACCCAGGCCCUCAGCAGUGUGCAGAUGAGGCUGUCCUUGGCUGGGCGGGGGUCUGGCCCUGCCAUAUGAUUUUUGAAUGAGUGUAAAUAAUUUUAAAUAACCUCUGGCCCUUAGAAUAAAGUUCUGUUUUCUGUA